AACCAAUUGUUUUGAAGCACUAACCGGAAGUAGUGUGACUCAUUGCUAGCGUGAUGCAAAGCGGCUCCGCCCCCAGCUCCUACCUGCCGCCUCACCUGGAUCAGGUGUCCACACUGUCGCUGGCAGGUCCGUGGACCAGGACCGAGUCAUGGCCGAGUCUCAGGUGGUGUGUCUGGACGAGGAGCACGUCAAUGAGAAGAUCCCGGAGAGCAGUCCGGAGUUCUACUACAGCGAGGAGCAACGGGCGGCGCUGGAGCAACUGGUGCGCGGCGGGGAUGGAGCCUUCAAGAUGCGGCUGCAGGAGGACAAGACCCGGGACUUCCUGUCGGCCCGGGAGGUCAAGACCAUCCGUAAGACCUUCCAGGAGUACGACACGGACAGCGACUCCGAGGCCGAGCAGGAGAAGUCCAAAGCGUCGUCCAGCGCGGACUCCGGGGUCCACUCCACCUACUGGCCGCAGAUGUCCGACACCGAGGUUCCGUCUCUGGACAUCGGCUGGCCGGGCAGCAGCGGCUUCUACAAGGGGGUGACCCGGGUGUCUGUGUUCACUCAUCCGCCCAAGGAACCGGGUCCGCACAUCAAGGAGGUGGUGAGGAGGCUGAUCCAGGAGUCCCACAAGGUCGUGGCCAUCGUCAUGGACCUUGUCACAGAUCUCCAGAUCCUGCAGGACCUGCUGGACGCCUCGUCCAGACGCGGGGUGGCCGUCUACGCCGUGCUGGAGGAGCGAGGAGUUCCCUAUUUCCUGGAUAUGUGCAGUCGCCUGCAGAUCAACGCCGUUCAUCUCCGGAACCUGCGUGUGCGCAUGGUGAGAGGCGCCGGACUUGCACUGUCGUUCGGCAAACUGCCCGGCAGCCUGUGCUCCAAGUACAUGCUGGUGGACGGAGAGAAGGUGAUGUUCGGCUCGUACAGCUUCACCUGGACUUCCUCUCGGAUGGACCGGAACACCAUCACUGUGAUGACGGGACAGAUCGUCGACUUCUUUGACAAUGACUUCCGGGAGCUGUACGCCGUGUCAGAUCAAGUCGACCUCUACAGGGAGUUCAACAUCACCAAGCCUCCUCUACCAACGCCAGUCAGGAAGCCUAAAGUGGAACCCGUUCGGACACUCCCGGUCUCCACGUCUCGCUUCCAGGUGUCUGUUGGGGAGUCGAGGCAGGUCGACAUGAAGGUCCCUGCACACAAGUACCACAAUCCAAAGUACUCAUUAGUGUUCGGGAACAGCAUGGGAAGAACACAAUCCCUUCAAGACUUGUCUAUGGCGAGGGACUCACUGGAGGACGAGUUCGAUGAGAGGAACGAAAAGAACCCAAGUGUGGAGGAGAAGGACUCAGUCCCCCCACUGAGUCCCAGCUCACCUCCUGGGGUUGAGGACGUGGAGGGUGGUGUGAAGAAGCUGGACAAUGCUAAGAAACCACGUAGCUCCUUCAGGCACUUCCUGAGAAAUCGAGCCGCCAAUCAGAAUCCAGAGACAAUAGUGGAGGGCGUGGUCACGCAGACAGCUCCGCCUCCAAAGCAUAGAGUUCCGGAAACGAACGGCGUGGCAAAACACGAGCCGGAGGACUUGUUCGAGGCUAACGAGAAGCUGGCUCCGCUCAAACCCAGACCCAAGAAACCCUCCAAACCCAUCCAGAGGAGCAUGUCCAUGCAGAUCCUCAACACGGGAGACGAAGACAGAUUCCAUAACCGUCGGCAACGGCAACAGAAGAGGAAUUGUAUUCAAUCGUGACAAAGUCAAACAGCAUCCACGAAACACAGCUGAGCAUGAUGGGAAUGAGCACUGUCACAGGAAAGCGGACCAUACUGUUCACAGCUGCCAGCGCUCGGACUGAGCUGAGCAGCCGUAACAUCACACUCGCUGCUGGUCGCCACGGAGACUGACAGGUCUCGUACAUCGACUGAAGUCUUUGUUUGGACUUUUUAUUACGAUAAGUUCCGUCGAAAUCUGUUGAAUUCAUGUCAAACAAUUGUUGUAUCAAUAUGCUUUAUAAUAACCUUUUCUACUCCUGACUGUUUUUAGCAUAAUUUUUAUUGCUUAUUUUUCAACAAUUAUUCGUGUGUUUAACAAACUUUCAAUCCACAUGAACCUUGAUUAAAGCGUUAACCGUCAUUUCAGGCCAUUUCUUAAAUCUCACAUUUGACGUUGCAUAAAUGCUGAUGCACCUUUAAAGUUUCAAAAACUGAAAUUGGUUUACGUCACUCGCAGUGUGAUAUUUCAUCCAUGAAAGUUCAGUGAAAGAACAACAUGAUUUGGAAGGAGGCUUCAAUAACAGCUGUGUUUUCCUUUCCAUUUUGAAGAUGUGCAUCAAAAAGAAA